UGAAAAAGAAGAGGCUCAGACGAGCUUCGAAAGGCGUGAGGCUUAGUGCAUGCGCCAGUUUGAAAAGCCGCUCCAGGCUGGUGGGCCGCGGUUGCUGAUAGUUCGGGGGUCGCUUCUUAAGAGGUACUAUGGACGAGGACUUCUUGCUGGCCCUGCGGUUGCAGGCGGAAUGGGAAGCGGAGGACGAAGAGGUGCGGGUUCAGACGACCUACUCUGAUCUUUCGCGGCCGCUCUCGUUGAUGGACGAUUCCUGGGAGCUGCUGGAUCCGAACCCCGACGUGCGAGGCCUCUUUCUGCAGUUCAACGAGACCCUCUUCUGGGGGCGCUUGGCGGCGGUGGAAGUAAAAUGGAGCCCGCGCAUGACGCUGUGUGCUGGACUUUGCUGCUAUGAAGGUCAUGGUGGGAUGUGCUCCAUCCGACUUAGUGAGCCGCUUUUAAAGUUACGGCCAAGGAAGGAUCUUGUGGAGACUCUCUUGCAUGAAAUGAUUCAUGCCCUGUUAUUUGUCACUAAUAAUGACAAAGAUCGUGAGUCCCACGGCCCAGAGUUCUGCAAACACAUGCAUCGGAUAAAUCGCUUAACAGGAGCCAAUAUUACGAUCUAUCAUGAAUUUCACAAUGAGGUGGAUUUCUAUCGUCAGCACUGGUGGCGUUGUAAUGGUCCAUGUCAAAAUAGAAAGCCUUAUUUUGGCUAUGUAAAACGUGUAAUGAAUAGGGCACCAUCUGCAAAUGACUUCUGGUGGGCAGAGCACCAACAGAGCUGUGGGGGAACAUUUACCAAGGUCAAAGAGCCCAAGAACAGCUCUAAGAAAUGCAAAGAGAAAGAUCGUCAAGCAAAAAUCCUAGCUGAUGGUACAGAAAGAGCUCAUGGAAGCAGCACCCAGAACAUAAUCCCUUUUAGCGGGAAAGGAUAUAUCCUUGGAGGAAAAAGAAGUGAAUCAUCUUUAGCUGUGAGUCCAAGCAUUAUUAAGAGCAGAGAACUGCUCCAGUCACAAUAUAAUUCACCUGCUGGUUCAUCUAGGUCAAAUCCUAAAAAUGAAAUCAGGCUUGAACAAAAUAUUUCCUGCACAACUAGUUCCUCUCAAAACAGUGAUGAAAACAGCUCUGCUUCUAGCAUCACACUUCCUAGAUUUUCAGUUGCUAACCACAAAGUUUACACUAAUGUUAAUGGCUCACCAGUUAAAAACAUUCCUUUGGGUGGAAAAAGGUCAGAAUCAAGUUCUACAAAUGCUCUCAGGGGUAUACCCCACAAACGGACUCCAGAAAACAGCAUUUAUGUAUCAGCAGCAAUGACUCCAAAAUCCCAGUCGCCAUCUCAGAGAAACAGCAGCGCCCAUAAUGGUGGGCCACCAAAACGGGCCAGAAGGGAAGAUUCAGCUGCAUUUGUCAACUAUUUUUUUAAGAAAGGAGACCUCAAGGAGACUAGUUCUUCUGUGAAUAGUGUGGCUAAACCAGCAACCUCAAAAACAUCCACUAGUGACAGUGACCAAUAUAGAAACGUCUGUUGCCCAGUCUGUCAGUCUGAAGUUUUGGAAACCAAAAUCAACGAACACUUGGACCUCUGCCUCUGAAAUCUUUUAAUGUGAUCUUAAUCUAAUGCUGCUUUGCUCAAGAUUUCUGUAUCUGAGUGUUUUAUGUAUACCUGCUUUCUGUAUUUUAUGGAGAAGAGUUUAUAUUUGACCUGACUUUGUGUAUGAAAGUUUCCUCAUUUUGAAUGAAAGUUUUUUUCUCAACACCUAUGUGCUGAUAACGCAGUUGACACUGAAAGCAACAUAGCCUUGAGAAGUGUGUUCCUAGGAGACUGUGGUAUUUAACACAAGGAAUGUGUAAGGUAAGAAACUAGAAGAGUUACAGUAUAUGCAUUUAGUUCUGUAUCAGAUCCAGAUCUAAAAACCUUUGCUUUUUAUAUUUUAGAAAAAUAGUUUGCUAUUGUAAAAUUUUCAAUUUUUCUUUGGCCAGUUUUAUUCGAAGUGUAAACGCUAAAUGGGAACAAAUAGUUUGAGUAGGUGUAUGUAUACAUGUAAGAGACAGAGAAAUGGGAUUGUUCUUCCCUGAACUUGAAAUCUGAUGUUAUAUAAUUAUAGUAAUGAAUACUGGUUACUUUUAUGAUUGCAAAGAGGUAGCUCGCUAAGCUCUUGCUGUAAAUUAUGAUGUCCACUUUUUAUCACCAAUUUAUAGAUUUUGGCUGGGCUUCCAAAGCUUUUUAAGUUCAGAAGCGUUAGACCAGUCUUUCUCAAUCUUGGCAGCUUGAAGAUGUAUAGACUUCAACUCCCAGAAUUCCCCAGCCAGCCAUGCUGGCUGGCAAUUCUUGGAGUUGAAAUCCACCCAUCUUCAAGUUGCCAAGGUUGAGACAGACUGGGUUAGGCUGAUGAUAUCUUGUCUUAUGCAAUUUUUGAUCAGGCAGAUGUUCUUCUGAAUCAUGAACACAGCGAAGGCUACAUCAUACUGCUGGUCCAUUUAUAAAGUGCCUAUUAGAAUGACGCAUGCCUAUUAUUUUUUCAUAACAACAUUUGAAGCUUAUUUCCUCUGAGAUGGAAGUAUAUUCUUGAACACAGCUAGGCGGUUUAAGAUUGUUAGCCAUUUGUACAAUUAAAAAUAACUUUUCAGAAAUAG